UCGUUUUUGAAUAUCUUUAUUUACUCUGUACUCUCUCUUUCUUCUCUCUUUAUACACGAGCAGCCCAUUCCUACGAUGCUCGUUGCUUUCCUCCCUCAACCCUCGACCUGACUUCCGUCCACCCGUCGCACCACUUGCGCCGCAGCGCGCGCUCUUCCUCCCCUAAACCCAGUACGACCAGCAUGACCUCUUCCCCCCUGUGUGACAAUGUCGACUGCCUCAUUCCACCAAUUCAAUCAUGCCCCCGCGCCACCUUCCGGCCUGGACAUCCUCGCCGAGAGCUCGGAGUAUGCGCUCGGGAAACCCCCCCGGAACCCGUCGCUUUCCGGGAAUAACGAGAACGGCAUCAAUGGCGCAUCUGGUGUUGGGGAAUUGUCGCAGCAGGAUUCUUUCGAGGAAGGCGUGAAUCGGAAAAGGCCGUCUAUGGAGUCAGCCUCGGCUCCUGUUCGGAGGAGGAUUAGCAGGGCGUGCGAUCAGUGUAAUCAAUUGAGGACGAAGUGUGAUGGGAAGAAUCCGUGUGCACAUUGCGUUGAAUUUGGCUUUGCGUGCGAGUAUGCUCGAGCGCGCAAGAAACGUGGGAAGGCGUCUAAGAAAGAUCUUGCUGUUGCUGCGGCUGUGGCCACCGUGGGAGCUGCGAAUCCAUCGUCGGAUCGUGAUACGGAUACAGAUAGAGUGAAUAAUGGUGUUGUGGCGAGAGAACAGAAUUCUCAGGAUGGGUUUUCGUCGCGAGAGACUACGACGUUUGAUGCUGCUCGGAACGCCAAUGUGCCGGCGCAAUCGCAUUUACAAUCUUCGGAGAUGCCAGGCAUGGUUGGGAUACAGAAUUCGAACCCCGUUCAGCAAGGUGCCCCGGCCCAGGCCCAGCAAACACACUUGGGUACUGCUGUGGAUGGGUUACAGGGCACUUUGAACGAUUCGAACCGGCCUAUGUCUGUCUCUGAUCUCAGACCAUUGCAGAUGCUUCAUCCGUCGAAUACGAAUUCCCGCUCGCCGUCGACAAACAUGCUGCCACCGAAUGGCUUCAGUUAUCCAGAAAGUGCAUACCCGCUGAUGAACCCGCAAGAACAGAAUCCAUCAUCUUUGAAUCAUUUUCGUCUCGCUGGCUCAGCAGAGAACCCUUCAGCUCCGUUUAUGGGGCUUUCUCCUGCACCGUCACCUGGAUGGCUGCCUCUUCCUCCUCCGUCUCCUGCCAAUUUCCCAUCGUUCAGCAUGCAUCCGUUCCCUAGUUCAUUACGAUACCCUGUGCUACAACCAGUGUUGCCUCACAUCGCAUCUAUAAUACCCCAGUCGCUAGCUUGCGACCUUAUGGAUGUCUAUUUCACCAGUUCUUCCUCCUCUCAUAUCUCGCCCCAAUCGCCAUAUGUGGUCGGAUAUGUCUUUCGCAAACAAUCGUUCCUCCAUCCAACAAAGCCACGAGUGUGUAGCCCUGCACUCUUGGCUAGUAUGCUCUGGGUAGCUGCACAGACGAGCGACGCCGCAUUCUUGACAUCACCCCCGUCAGCACGAGGGAGGAUCUGUCAGAAGCUGCUUGAACUGACCGUUGGUUUGCUACGACCUUUAAUACACGGUCCUGCUGCGGGAGAGACGUCUCCCAAUUAUGCUGCCAACAUGGUUAUCAACGGCGUCGCUCUAGGCGGGUUUGGAGUCUCAAUGGAUCAAUUGGGUGCGCAGAGCAGUGCAACAGGGGCCGUGGAUGAUGUUGCGACGUAUGUACAUCUAGCCACCGUUGUUUCUGCGAGUGAGUACAAAGCAGCUAGUAUGCGAUGGUGGACUGCAGCUUGGGCUUUGGCGCGAGAACUGAGACUCGGUCGUGAGUUGCCACCUAAUGGUCCCAAUUCACGGCAGAAUGGAGAGGGGCGAGAUGGUGAUAUGGCGGAAAAUGCUCAGCAGCAGCAGCCUUUGGUUACACCUAUGGGAAAUGGAGUAGAAAUUACGAAAGAAGAGCGAGAAGAGCGUCGGCGGAUUUGGUGGUUGCUGUAUGCGACUGAUCGUCAUUUGGCACUCUGCUAUAAUCGUCCGUUGACUCUGCUCGACACGGAAUGUUCAAGGCUACUCCAGCCGAUGAACGAUGAUCUCUGGCAGGCGGGAGAUUUCACCAAUGAUGCUUACCGUACACCAGGGCCGCCGUUGGAGUGCACAGGUCACAGCAUGUUUGGCUAUUUUCUGCCCUUGAUGACCAUUUUGGGUGAGAUAGUCGACUUACAGCAUGCAAGAAACCAUCCGCGAUUUGGACCAACGUUCCGCAACAGCAACGAAUGCAACGCGCAGAUGCUAGAGAUUACCCGCCAGCUUGACGGAUAUAACCGGAGUUUAAAGGAAUUCGAAGCGCGCUACACCAGCAACCUAGUCCUAGGGACAGAAUCAGAGCCCACGGCAGUUGACGGCACACACCUUGACCACGUCAGCCCAUCCGGCCGCUCGAGUAGCAGCGCCGUCGGAACUCGAGUUAGCGAGUCCAUCGUGCACACGAAGACAGUUGUCGCCUAUGGCACUCAUAUCAUGCACGUCCUUCACAUCCUGUUAACAGGAAAAUGGGACCCUGUCAACUUACUCGAUGACAAUGACCUCUGGAUUUCAUCCGAUUCAUUUAUCUCCGCCCUAGGCCAUGCCGUCAGCGGCGCAGAGGCUGUGGCAGAUAUCCUCGAAUAUGACCCGGAUCUGAGCUUUAUGCCGUUCUUCUUCGGAAUCUAUCUGUUACAGGGUAGCUUUUUGUUGCUUUUGACGGCAGAUAAAUUGCAAGGUGAUGCUAGCGCUAGUGUUGUACGGGCUUGUGAGAUUAUUGUCCGCGCGCAUGAGGCUUGUGUUGUGACGUUGAAUACGGAGUAUCAGGCUAGUCCCCUUCCUUUGGUUAUAUUGCUAUUGCAUGUCUUGCUAAUGCCUUGCAGAGAAACUUCCGUAAGGUGAUGCGCUCGGCUCUCGCACAGGUUCGGGGUCGGGUACCCGAGGAUUUUGGUGAGCAGCAGCAACGGAGGCGGGAUGUUUUGUCGCUUUAUCGUUGGUCUGGGGAUGGUGGGGGGCUUGCGUUGUAAUAUGGAGUAUCUCCAUCUCUGCUUCAAUUUUGUGUUUUCUCUUUCUUCUUUUCUUGCUUUUCUAGAUACUGCGAUGUGAUACCACUGAUUUAGGAAAUGAGUUUGUUGAAUGGGAGUUUGGAGACGUGCUUUAUAUUUGUACUUUACUGUACUAUGGCUUGUAUUGAAACAUCUCCUGUAUAUAUAUAAAUAUACCUGUUACAUAUAUG